AUGGCUUACGCCGAUGAUGCCGUCAGAGCAAAGCUCUCAGCCUUGAACGAAACCCAAGAUAGUAUCGUCAGUGUCGCUCAAUGGAUCAUCUUCCACAGACGACACGCAGACCGUACUGCCGAGCUGUGGCUCGAAAGGCUCAAGGAUUCAAACCCUCCAAAGAAAGUCAAUUUGAUCUAUCUCGCCAAUGAAGCCACAUCAUUAGCCUACAAGAGUGGCACCCAGGACACUGGCGGAAAGAUCAAGCGCGUUGUAGAAGUCUGGCGUCAGCGCAACAUCUUCGACCUCGCCAUACAGGACACUAUUGAGAAGCGUAUUCAAGAGGUCGACAAGUCACGCACAGCUCGUUCAGGCGGCGCACGUCUCGGUGGUUCCCUCCUCGGUGGUUCUCUCUUCUCCAACUCUUCUUCUUCGCCAGUACCACCCGAGCUACAAGCCCUGGCACAACCGCAGUCCUCCCUCUCUCGCUCCGAAACUGCCGCUCAACCACUCAUCCAGACCGCAAACACCGAGUACGCAAAGCUGACGGACCCCAACACACCUGUACCCAGUCCUCCCGUUCACGCCGCCCGUCUGUCGUCGCUUCUGAAGAACCUCGCAGCUGCAGAGGGCGCCGUCGAUGCUAGCCUCAAGGCCCGUAACGAGCUCAUCGCUGGUCUGGAGAAAUUGCUCGACGCCAACAAGUCCAAGCUGGCUGAAGAGCAGAAGACACACUCGGAGCUUUUGUCCCGUCGCACUACCAUCGAGGCCAAGAAGAAGGAUGUCGAGGACGGCAUUAUGCGUGGUCUGUCCGCUGAUGCUUCGGCCGCCGCCUCCUCUGGCCUAUCUGCCAACCCCCGCCCUACUGGAAAUGACGGCAGUCCCGAAGUCGAAUCUUUCACCCCACCUCCCCCUGAUGUCGAGAAUUUCACGCCCACUGGCUCUCCCGAGCCCGCCUAUCCCGCAGACGAUAACGCUAGCCUGACCCGUCCUGCAUCGAACAGCCCCGCUGCUACUACUGAUCCCAGGCUGAAGAGAAGAAAGAUGAAUCACAGCUCCGAAAUGGACGAGGAGCUCUUCAGUACUGGUGAAGGUGUUGGUCUGGACAAGGAUGUUGCUGCCAUGCUCGGUGCCCAGUGA